UAAUAAUACGGUAGUCUUUCCCAGCUAUCGCCGUGUUUUAUCUGCCACGAUACAAUCAAAGGCCAUCAUAUUCGGUUAAUUCUUUCAAUUAUCAGUAGGAUAAUCGUUGCAUUUCUUGCAGCUUGUGCUCUAAAAGUUGAAAAGUUGUCGCACAUGGGCGCAUGCGUCUUGCGGCCGACGGCAAUGCAGAAAUUAUCGAUUUGCACAGUCGCUCCGCGUUUGUGUUUGUGUUCGGGUGACUUGACGUGAUGUUGUUUUUAUCAAAUUGAGUAAAUGGGAUUUUUGUGUGUGUUUCUAUCAGUGUUCUUAUAGUGAAUUGUGACUCUAAAACAUGACGAAGGAUAGAUUGGCUGCUCUGAAAGCGGCCCAAAGUGAUGACGAUGAAGCGGGCUCCGAUGAUGUGGCCGUCAACGUGGAAGGAAAGGAUGGUUUCAUGGAUGAAUUUUUUGCCGAGGUUGAAGAGAUACGAGAGAUGAUAGAUCUUAUACAAAGGAAUGUAGAAGAAGUGAAGAAAAAACAUAGUGCCAUCCUUUCAGCUCCUCAGACCGAUGAAAAAGUCAAGCAGGAGCUGGAGGACCUCAUGGCCGACAUUAAAAAAACUGCCAACAAAGUUCGUGCCAAAUUAAAAGUGAUUGAACAGAAUAUAGAGCAAGAAGAACAUACAAAUAAAUCGUCUGCAGAUUUAAGGAUACGCAAAACUCAACACUCCACGUUAUCAAGAAAGUUUGUUGAAGUCAUGACUGAAUAUAACCGAACACAAACCGAUUAUCGUGAAAGGUGCAAAGGAAGAAUACAAAGGCAAUUAGAAAUCACUGGAAGAACAACGACAAAUGAGGAAUUAGAAGAAAUGUUAGAACAAGGAAAUUCUGCUGUGUUCACUCAAGGGAUAAUAAUGGAAACACAGCAGGCAAAACAAACUCUAGCGGAUAUUGAAGCAAGACAUGCGGAUAUUAUAAAAUUAGAAAAUUCUAUACGAGAGUUGCAUGACAUGUUUAUGGAUAUGGCUAUGCUUGUUGAAAACCAGGGUGAAUUAGUUGAUAGAAUAGAAUUCCAUGUUAGUCAAACCAAAGAUCAAGUAGGAGCCGGAAGAUUGGAACUUCAUAAUGCUGAAGACUACCAUAAUAAAGCAAGGAAGAAGAAAAUCAUGAUAAUAAUAUGUUUGACAAUCUUGAUUGUUAUCCUUGGAGGAGCUGUUUUGAGCAGCGUGCCUCUUCCGUUUUAAUUCCAAGUUCUCAUCGUCUAAUCUAUCAUCUCUCAUUGUUAUUUUAAUAUGUAAUGUUCUAUCGAACUUGCUGGUCAGCAGAACUUCUAAUUUUGGGCUGGCAGCUGAAAUUUAGUCAUCAUGCGUGAUUUGGAAUUCUCGUUUAUGCUUCCUCUAACGCAUUUCAUCGUUGAAUUUUAAAACUUAAAGUAUUGGUUUGUAAAUUUGAUCCUUCAGUUUGUUUUUUUUCUUGUAUAGUUGAAUUUCCUUAUUAUUUUAGCAGAGACAUUUAUCCGUAUGUUUUUGUAAAUAUCCUGUUUAAUAUAUGAAUAUUUUGCUUGUGAGCAUUACGUACACUGUAUUUAUUAAUUUGUAUAAUACUUAUUAUUGAUUUAUCAUUAUGUAUCAUUUUUCUUAUGAAGGAAAUGUGUUUUUGUGUACCUUGCAGUCGUUCAUUCUUGAAUUUAUUGUCUUGACGCUAUGUCAUUGAAUGAUCAUGUAUUCUUUUGUCAAGGAAGUGAAGGUAUCGGUAUGACACAUGAUUCCAUGUACCUCAUUAGUUCCUGUCUUUUUUAUCAAAGGUCGGAUUUAAAUAAAUUCUAUCUUUUGAAAUUUUUACCGACUGUUCUCUGUCCGGAAAAAUUUUGCUCACGUACUCAAAAGUUGAAAAAUCGUCUUUAGAUUAUGAGUGAAAGACAUGACUUGGCAAAGAACCGCAAGUGGCUUAUAGAAUGUUUGUAUUCAAAGAAGGUCAAACUAUUGUUUCAAAGAGCAAUAUUUUUAUUGUCUGCUCACUUUUUUGUAGUGAAAAAUGAAUUUGUAGCACUUUCAUCCUCUAUAUCAUAAGAAUUGAAGGAAAUAUUUGGUUAGUUUUUUCUGCUUUUUGAAAGACUAGUCGUAAUGAGAAUUAAUUUUUCCUCUAGUCGUAAGGGCCUUCUCGUUUUAUUUCUGUUACAUUAGAUUCAUUGCAGAAGUGAUAAGUACUUACAUAUUUUGUUUGCUUUCCUUAUUCAUCCAUUUUCUUCCAAAGGAUAGAAGAUAUACAUUGAGAACUCAGUUUAUCUAUUCUAAAAAUUCAUGUACGGUUGCAUCAGAGCAAUACUAUGCUAUUAAAAAACAGUGUCAAUUUUGUCCUACAUAUCAAUAGGGUCAAUGACUGAUUUUCUUCGCACACUGACAAAAUUUCCUGCCAACUGGUGAUGUGGUCUUGUCAUCUAAGUACUAAAGGUGUUGAAAUUGGAGCUUGUUCAAAUUUCCAUACUUUCUUGACAGCUUGAAAGAUGAGUUUCUGAUUCAUAGUGUUGCUCUGAUGCUGUUAUCUAUUCUAAUUUUUGAAGGGUGUCUAGAGGAUCAUUUCAUUUGUGAUACAAAAUUCUUUUAAUGACAUGUUUUAAGUUUUAGUUCUCUGGCACAUUUGAGUCGUUUCAAUUUUACAAGCAUGAAAACAAGAAAAACAAUAUGUGAAUCGUUGGAUUCAUCAUUUGAAUUUUAUUCUGGCAUCUUAUAACUGUUAUAUCAUGAAUUGCAUGGCAUGAAUAAGAUAGUGUGUGUUCCUAUCAGCCCCUAGCAAUAAAAAACAAAUCCAAAUGAAUCAAUAGGGUUGAGCGAUGAAUCUGCCAAAACUUGUAAAUUCUAUGUAUGUACCAAGAUGACACACAAAUGAAUCUGUUUUCUGUCCUUAAAUGCACAGCAUACUAACCAAAAAAAAUUGUAAGCACUUACUGGGCUUAACUUCAUUAACCAAAUGACAUAAGUGGGUCACUCUUAGGGAAGACAGUUUGAAACAGAAUACAAGGCCUAACAGCAACUAGAUAAUAUUCUACUUUAAUGCAAGCGUUUUAUGCAGAUGAUUGGAAGUUGAUUUUAAAGACUUUCCUCACUUUCUGGCAAACUUUAAGACAAGUUGUAUGACCUCUGUUUCGAACUUCUUUUUCCAGUUGCCUUUUCCCGUCCUUCCUCUCCUCUCCACCUCCCAUCACCCCAAAGAUAAAAAUUUUAAGAUUCUAAAAAAAAAAUGCCAGCAGUUGUAUGGCCUUGCUAUUUUAACAAAUUAUGAAAUAACUACCACAUUACUUCCAUAAAUCAUCAUUUUACGAGUUGUAUCUUGCUAUGAACCUGAGGAUGCUACCUGAUUUUGCUGAAUGAGAAUUAGAUCCAAUGUCUUUGAAACCAAAUAAAUCAUGCAAACAUCCCCGCUCUCCAGGGCUUUUAAAAGCUUUUUUCCUUUUCUUUCUUCAAAAGUGAAAUUCUAAUUAAGUUAUUUGCUUUAUUUACUGUAGGUAAUUUAAGGACACAAAUGAAAAAUUUAAGGAGUACCCUCCAAACCUUCUUGAUUAUAGUCAAUUUUGUCUAGUGAGUAAUACAUACCGAAUAGCUUGCAAAUAAUGUGUAAAGUAAACUUCUAGACUUGUCGUAAUAAAAGGUGGGUCUGUGCAUAACAUUUUUCAGGUGGAAAAAUAAGUUAAUUAUUCUUCUGCAAAUACAAAGAAAAAUUCUCUUUUGUUGCCUAUGUUACUACUUAGUCACCCAUGUUCACUGGGCAAGGUUAAGUAAGCUUUGAUAAAAAUGUCAAUUAUAAUUUUAACUGAGGAUUAAUCUGUAUAGGUGUUUGCCCUGCCUUCAAAUUCUACCAAUACAGCUUUUUGCACUGUAUGAUCUGCUCGGUUUUGUCACCUUAACGUACGUAUUUGAGUGAAUAUCAGGUUGCCUCGGAGUAUUUGCAUAAGCAGAGUUCAAAGUUACUUUUCAUACUAUCUGCCCCCUUGAAUCACGAGGCGAGUGCUAUUUCAGUAAUAGCAUCAAACAAAACUUGGUUAUUUAAAUUUAUGAUCAGCUCUUUUAGUGUAGCUGUAUAUCAUGGAUGUAAAUUAUGUAAUUUUGCUGUAAGUUCAUUGAAUUAUUGCAAAUACCAAGAUUUUUCAGUGGUACGAAUUUGAUAGGAGUGCUCCUGUCAUGUUUGAAAGUGUCAGCGAAUAAAUCCCCGAUUUUUAUUCCACCAUAUUGCAUAAGUUGAAAAGCUUUAGAAUCAAGUCUUUUAGUUCAAUCUUUUUUCAUUUUUGUUUUUAAAUAUUAGCUUUCUUUCUUCAAUUAUGAGUCAUUUGGUUUUAAAACAAGAAUAUCAGUGAGUUUAGGUUUUCCGGAAUUAGAACCAUAAUUCCAUCAUGUCCUCACUGUUCACCUUUUCUGUAAUCUCCAUAAAUGUAAAAAGUGUGUCAAUGAUUUUUUUCAAACUUAGAAGAAAUCACUUGUCCACCCAAAUGGUUCUCAACAGUUGAAUUUUCAUUAAUCCUUUAUUGCUCUUAGUAUCUUUUGCAAAUGAGUAGACCUUUCUAUUUCUCUAGCAAAAUUGAACGAAAAAAAAAGAAAAAUUAUUUUUGGUGAUUGGAAUGUUUUUAACUUUCAAUUUUGCCUUCAUCAUAGUAGUGCUGAAUAUUUCUAAAAGAUUGGAAGGAAAGAUUAGAGAUUUGUCCCUCCAACUAUAGAUCCUCACCUUUCAAGUAGGUAGUGCAAUUUUUUAAAUUUUUUAUAACUUUUAGGAAGAAUUACAAUUUACUUAAAUAGGUAGGUACUUUAAAUUUUAAAAAAGGAAAACAUGUUAGUUUUCCUUUUAAUUUUAUUCCUCAAGUGUUCAUUUCCAUUCUUGCGUUAUGUAUGUAAAUGCCUGUUACCAGUUGAUAAUGAAACGAUACUCUCAUUUAGUUUUCAUCAGGGCUAGACUUAGGAUGUAUUAGUAGAAAGAUUUGUCUCUACUUUCACUUGCUUAACAGUUAAGUCUUUUCUGUAACAAUUUAACAGCUGAAAGGAAUUCACAGUUGACACGGAUUCUAUAAUUUUUCAAGGGUCACCUUUUGAAACUGCAGAAAAAUCUGCUCACUGCUUGCUUGUUUUUUUCUCUUUUUGAUAAGUACCUAUGAGAAAAACGAGACGAUUAACACUCUUUUUUCCAAUCUGAUGAAUUUCUACACCUGAUGAGGGCUUGUCUGGGCUGCUCCUUGUCAAAAGAAGACCUAUAGAAAAUCAACAGACCCUAGUAUUUUUUAUUCGCUCUAUUCACUGUGAAAAAACACUCAAAAAAUUGAAGACAAACGCUAUUAAAAUUUCUCCUCUUUUUCCAACACACCUCAGUACUGCUUUCUGACAUUUUGGCGAGGCUGAGUAGGUCGUAGCUCUAAUGCUGACCGCUCACAGUUGAUAACUUACGAGUUCAAUUUUUUGUCAUCAGACAUCUUCUCUUGCUUUUUUACUAAUGCCUCUCCUUUCCCACCAGCUUUUAAACUGUUAACAGCAUACACUAAAGUUUCCAGGAAAAAGAGAAAUAUUAAAUGCUUCUCUAAGUAAUUUUGGAUGCUGAAUUUGUUACUAAUGUAAGAUUAAUGCAUAGAGUCUCUGUUAUUUAAGCUGAUGGGACACAAUUUCAUAAUUUGUGAUCUAAAAAUCAGGCAACAUUCCAAUUUCGAAACUUGAUAAAGAUAAAGUUGUUGAAUCAUUGAAGGAAAAUAUUUUACUUUCAAAAUGUUACAUCAUCCUAAUUUCAAAGAAUCAUAGGAAAAUUUAUAUUUUACAUUUGAGGAGAAGUUUUCUUUCAUUGUUUUUUUCAUUUCAUUAUUUCCCAAUUCCACAUCGCUUUUUGAGCAAUGUGCUGAAUUUUAUGGAUUAGAAAGUCACUAAUCGAUAACAUCAUAAGUUUUAAUGGCACACAUCAAAGGCCCACUCGAUCAUUAACCUUUCAACAUCAAGAUGAAUUUAAGUGAUCCAAGUUAAAAACUGCCUCUGUGCUGCACUGCUACAUGGUCCAUGCCUUUAAAAGAAAAGACCUUGUCCAGUGGUCCAUUUUGCAACGCUGUGGCUGAUCUUUUUCAAAAUCACUUGGGUUCACCUUAUGGAAAGUAGUUUCAAAGAUGCAAAUCAACAGUCCAGCCUUGAUUUUGAAACCAAAGUACAAUUUUGAUUCACACUAAGUUUUGAAACGGUAUGCAAGAAGUUAAAACUGUUAAAUCUUUAUGCAUUUCACAUGAGAUACAUCAGAUUCUUCUUUUAAGUUCUUCUAAAAGUUUUGAAAUACUCUCUAUAGCUUCCAGAAACUUGACUGCUCAGUUAGGCUUCAUAGGAAAAAGAAAAAAGCCAGCCCCCUGAACACACAUGGAAGAAAGUUCGUCUGAAUUUAUAAUCAGGAUCAGUUAAUGAAUCUGAAGUUUCUCAAUCAAAACACAAAUCUUUAAAUGUUUCUUGUACUCAUAAGACUAUUUAUCAGGUAGUUCCGUUAAGUGAAAUUCGCUUUCACUCUUCUUUGCUAUAGUAGAUGAUUAAUUAGUGACUUCAUCAACCAAAGUGCUAAAAUUUAUCUUGUUACUUCAAUAAAAGCAGCCUCAAUAAAGCCUAAGCAGCGAUCCAAUCAUAGCUUCAUACUCACUAAUGUACCAAAAAUGUUUAAAAUAAAAUCAAUGAUCUGAGCGAAACAUGCACUUACUGAAGCAACACAAAACUUGUUUUUUCGUCUAAGUUUCACCUGAAAUGUAUCGAACAUUUCCAAAACCAACUUGUAAGUGAGAUAUAAGCUCUUUUAGGGUAUGUCAAUUCAAACGUCCUCUUGCCCAAAAACCAUUAGCUGCUUUAGUUGGCAUGCUCACUGAAAUAAUUUUGGCAUUUUUUAUUCUCAUAGGAUUUUCCAAGUGUAUUGAUUUUUCCAAACAAGUUAACAAAUUCUUGUCUCCUGCACAAAGGAACGCACCUUGAUUGCCCUGCUUCAUUAUCUCUUACUGCCACUUUAUUUUUUAACGAAUUUGCCUGAAAUGAUCAGGGAUAUUUCCUCUUGCUUUUAGGAUAUACACUAAAAUUCUCAGACAAAUUAGUGUGAUGGUUCUCCUAUAAAAAAUAAAAUGUUCUUAGAAGUACUGAAACAGUGCAGACAAGACACGUCCCUUCAUGCAGGAAACUACGAACUAUGAUGUCUCGGCGAAAAAAGGAAAGUUUUUCCGGGUAAUUUUCAACAUGCUUAAAUUUACUAUCAGCUACCAACCAGAAUUAGUGCAUCAAUUUGACUUAUUCUGUGGAUGAAAAAUUUGAUUUGACUUGUUUUAAUGUACCUAAUCUAUAAAUAUCAAUUUCUCCUCUAACUGCUGAUUUCGGUUUUCAGUAGGUAUGUCCACUAUGUCUCAUUCAAAAUUUUGCGGAGGAAGUAUUUGCAGUGUCUCAGUUCUUAUUAUGUGCAGUGAUUCACACUAUAGGCACUCAGUGCUGUCGCACUCCACUGCAGAUGUAAAUCAUUCUGAAAUGCUCAUUUCCUUACAGACUUUAAAACCAUCACAAAAUGUACUCAUCAAUUUAGAUGAGUGCAAACUUUUUCUUCAACUCAGCUCAGCUUAGCUCAGUCAUCGAUUGUUACAUUUACUUCCUGUCUAACAUUUCCUCAGCCAUCGCUAGCUUCCAGUAGAAUUGAAAUGCUUCUUUCAUACUCAUUCAAAAUUUCAGAGGCAGCUGUAUUCAUCAAGAUUUGAGUUGAGGAAAUGAGCAAUUCACCCUAAAGCCUUAACGCUGGCACAAAGUGACAUACUGUGAAAAAAUUUCCCAGGUGACAGUCAAUUGCCGAGUUCUUGUCUGUCACUCGAACUAGGUUAUAAGGGAAAUUUUGAGGAAAAGAAUUCCCACUUUCGUUGAUGCUAAGAGUAAAGCUCAUUCAGAGCAGAGAGAGGAACUCAACAGCAGCCCGACACCCAAGGGUGUUAUCUUAUGGUGUUAUCUUAUGGUAUGCCAGCAAUAUUGCUCUAGUGUGUGUCGUUCAUUCUCUGCAGAUAAUACUCUUCUGAUUUACCCAAAAGAGGAGAGUGGUUUGAUAGAGCUAAUUAUUUAUCAAUUCAUUUCAUACCCUAGCUGGACAAGAAUCUUCGUAAGAAGCUAAGCAAUAGUAAGAUUAUUGAGGCGAUCAAUUGUGCACAAUAAACUGUCCGAACUCGGAGUUUUUGUCUUUCCUACAAUUAUUGUCUCAAUAGAGUCGAUUUUGUAUUUAUGUAUAAAUUUAGAGCUGGAAUUUUUUGUUGCUGUUCGCUCACUUUCUAACCUGAGGAGACUUCAAUGAUUGUCUAGCAAACGAAAGUUGAUCUAAAGAAGGAAAAACAAGGCAUUGAGUCUAUUCAACCCAACAAAAAGAGUGCAGUGACUAGAAUCUCGGAUACAAGGAAAAACAAAGGAGCAGAAUGAAAGUUAAUUGUAAAAAUGCGCCCAGCUAUAAAAAGUACUUAGCAUGAAUUUUUCCAAGCAAAAUGCAUUAUUUUAAAAGUAUUUUCAGGCUUGCACAAGUAUGAGUUGAUUAGUGCAGAUCAUUGCCUCCAAUUCAUCACAAGAAAUCAGGUUUUUGAUUUAUGGAAAGAGACAACCCAUAAGGCAUUACUUAAUGGAAAAGUUAAAGUAAGAAGGUAUGAACUGACCUUGUUUGUCCCUUGUCAAUGAGUUCCUUUGCAUAUUAGGAUUUCUCGAGCGCAUUUAAAUAUUUGAAAAAUUUAAAGGCAAUAAAAGAUUCAUUUCGUGUGUGACUUUUGAUUUUUUUUUUAAUCUAUUUAUUUAAUUAUUUAUUUUUGUUUUUCGAUAUCUAUAACAAUAGAACCUGCAACUGGUCAGCUAUGAGCAGUGAAGAUUCGAAAAACAUUUAUUACCGCUCUCUCUAUUUCCUUCUCACUAUUUCCUUUUGAUCUGUCUUUGUAAGUAUAGGUGUCCUGUAUCCUCGGGUUGAGAGUAAGAGUGCAGCAGCCAUAAAUUUCCUGUCCUUCUAUCAAUUUGUAAUUACGUUGCAACGUGUAUUAUUCAUGCAUAUAUUAUUGUAAAUAUGUUUAAUUUUAUAUUGUUACUUACGUUUCUCUGUUUGUUAUUUUGCUGUUUUACAAAAGUCAUUUCUCCUACAGGCUAAAAUUUUAAAAGUUCUCUUGUUGUUAGACAGUUUUAGUUUGAAAACACAUUAGGCAAUAAAUUAUAUACUAUCAAUAGACCUCCAUUUUAUUAUUUUUGUAAUUUUCUCUUGCAUGUUUAUUUUACUGAAUGAUUAAAAUUUCAUAAUAAGCGUCUCUGAAAGGUCAUAAGUCAUUGAAAAUUAAUCCUAAGCUUCUUUUCAUUACUCUAACUGGUACACAUCUUCAUAUUUUAUGAUAAAAAAUCGAGUUUAAGAAGAAUUAUUGCAGCACAGCAUUUACCCUUGUCCUUUAUUGAAUAAAAUCAGGAAAUGGUAAAGAAA